AUGGCCCCGCCCGCUCAGCCGCCCUCGUCUGCCCCAGCAUACGGCAACUUCCGUCUGGCUUCUCGUCCUGAAAACAAUGGGCCGUCCAAUUUCCGCCCUGCGUCCGCCUCCGCGAAUGGCACCCCUCUUGGUAACUCGAAACCCCCGGGCGCGUUUACCGUAUUCGUAAGGCCCUCUGCAGUCACGCAUGAGCACCCUUCCGACGCGCAGGAAGUUGUCUACUCACCUCCUUCGUCCGACAACCAGACUCCUCGAGUCUCCCAACCACAGGUUCCCCGAGCCUCCCUUCACCAGACUCCACGAGUCUCCUCUCCUCUCGCGCUUCACGUGUCCACCCCGCCGACCGUCUCCGCGCCCAGCUCCAUCGUCGUCGAACCCAGCGAGACCGCUCCCGACACCAUGAUCCUUGACGAUGAGUCAGCCCCGUCCGAAAUCGUCGACGACCCACUCUUCCUCGGACCCGACGUCGUCUCCACCGACGAAGACCGCGACAUCGACAUCCAACCGUGUCGUCCCGAGACCUCCAACCCUCUCGACUCCUUUCCCAGCUUGUCCAUCAGCCGCGAGCCACCUGUCCGCCACGACCAGUCUCCUGCCAUCGCGAAGGCCCACUUCGCCACCGAUACUGAAGGCUCUCCCCUUCGCGACAUUGUGAUCGAUUCCGGCGCGGCGAUCACAUUGAUGAACGCGGCCUACGCAAACGAGCAUUUACCAACGCUCACCCGCCAUCGUCUUGAGAAGUUCCAACUCGGUCUCGGCGCCGCCGACUGCGCUUCCUUCCUCAUGACCGACCUCCAUUUCCCAACGGCUGAAGGUGGCAAAGCUGUCAUCCCCGCAAACUUCUACCUCGCGAACACCGAAAGCGCCCGCGUCAUUUUGGGCAACGACAUCCUCCAUCCAAUGGGUGCUCAAAUCAACCUUGGCUCCCUUGCGCUCCGCUUCAGACACGUCGCAGGUACCAUUCCCAUCGAGUGCACCACCGCUAUCCCCGACGCUGCACCCACGCCGGACCCCACCACCCGACCCGACGCUUUCCGACUUCGCCAGCGUCUCACGCUCCUCCCAGGCCACCAAGCCCGCGUCGCCCGUCUACCUUCUUGA